AUGCUGACGUUCAAGCUGAGCCACGACAGCCGUGGAGCGCUGCUGCAGCAUCCACCCGGGCCUGCCUGCGACCAGUGUCGCCGCAAGAAGUCUGCGUGCAACCGCCGGAGUCCUUGCCAGGCCUGCGUGCGUCACGACAUUGCCUGCUCCUACAUGGCCAUGCCGAAACAAAGGGGCCGGCGUCCACGGAACCGGCCAUUACCGUCAGCGCCUGCUGUCGAGGACGCCGAGCAUGAGCCGGCUGCUGCACACACUGUCCACACUGUCCACACUGCCCUCAAUACCACACAAAGCCAACAAAGCUUGGACGCACCUGUGCCAGAAGCGACGUCCAGCAUGGGCGGCAUGGUGGGCGCCAUGCCGCCCAUGGAACCCCACCAUGACCUUCCGGCCCCUCAACAGGACGACAUGACGAGCCCUUCGUUUACCGUCUGGACCAUGGAUUCGGACGCAGCCGGCGACGCACUACCCAGCGGGAACAGCCCCGUCUCGUCGCUGCCGUGGUCCACCGACACCGAAUCGUUUGCGUCUGUCGAGCGCACGUCGUCUCCGUCCCGCGCGUUUUGCGUCGAGAUGGCGGACUGCGACGCGUGGUUCGCCGGCUGUGAGGGCCCGCCGGUGGCAGCAGCGGUGCCGGAUACGACGACAGCGACGACAGUGGUGGGACUGCCGCCGUCGGCGCUGCCGGCACCGUUUGCCGAGAUCCGCAUGUACGUCGACGUCUUCUUCGAGCAGUUGUAUCCCGUAUUCCCUGUCAUCGACCACAACGAGCUCUACACGCUGCUGCGGCAGACGGAGCGCGGCGAGACGCCCCUGCCGCUGGGCAUGUACGCGUGUCUGUGUGCACUGUCUGGUGCCGUGAUCGUGCAGCUCAACAUGACGAGCAGCGAUGCCGACGCCACCGCAAGCCCCUACACGGGUGGCGGUGGCGGUGGCGGCAGCCCCGGUGUCCUCGCCGAGGCGCAGGCGCCCCGGCGUGUCAAGUCGUCGGCCACCCGCUUUAUCGGCCUGUGCCAGGAGGCGCGCCGCCAGCAGGACUUUAUCGAGCACUGCGAUGAGUGGACGGUGCUGACGUCGUUCUUUCUGUUCGCCUACCACGGCAACCUCAAUCAGAGCCAAUUGUCGUGGUACUACCUGCGCGAGGCCAUUGGCUUCCUCCAGGCGCUGAGGCUCGACGAGGAGGACGCGUACUUUGGCCUGUCUAUGGCGGUCGCGCAGCGCAAGCGGCGGCUAUUUUGGCUUCUUUUCAUCACGGAACGGGCCUACGCGCUACAGCACCGCCGGCGCGCCGUGCUGCGCCCCGACAUUGAGCUGCCCGGCAUCUUCGGCUCGCAGGACCCGCGCAUCGGCUGCGGCUUCGUCACGCUCGUCAAGCUCUUUUCGUCGGUCAGCGACGCCUUUGUCAAAGCCUGGAGCGGCCAGCCGCUGACUGACUGCGAGCCCUGUCCGCCGGCCGUCUCUAACUCUAAACCGCACCCGCACCACUGUGGCGGCACCACCACCACCACCACCCGCACCAGCAGCACCAGCAUCGAGCUGUUCCGCCCCAACGACGUCAUGAAUGUGCUCUCCAUGGCUGAGAUCGACGAAACCCAGCGCCUCGACAUUCUCAUCACCGAGAAGUGGCUCAACGUCCUAAUUCACCAGCUGCACAAUGGCAGCAGCAGCAGCAGAGCUGGCGGCAACCCACUGCUUCCUGCGUCGUGUAGUUGCGGCGGCGGUAGUAGCAUUGCCGCCGUGCAGAUAGGCAGCGUCUUUGUCAUAGCCAAGAGCGUCGAGCAGCUGAUAGCAUCUGCAAGCCCCACAUCGCUGCGGUGCCACGGCAUCGGCAUGGAGCAAAAAGUCUCCGAUAUUGCCAACUGCCUGUGCGAGGCCCUCACGGCCCACCACGCCGGCGACAGCCUGCCCCUGCCCGCCGACAGGGCCAUCGCCAUCGGCUACCUGAACAGCUUCAUGCUGUUUCUCGCGCGCUUCCGUGACCAUACCUCAGAGUACUUUGGGCCUCUCGUGCAGCGCGCAGGCUCCAUCCUGGGAACGCAGAGCCUUCUCCCGGCACUGCUCUUGCCAGUUGACGUCGACGUUGGGGUCGGCGCCAGCGUCGGGCUCGGGAACGGGACCGUGCCCGGCCUUGUGGAGGCGGACAUGAGUGAUACGCAGGCGGCUCACAAUGGGUUCACGCUGCUGCCGCGGCACGCCAAUGAGAGCGAAAUGUAA